AGAUGCUCAGGUGUGAUGACAUUUUAUGCAGUAAGUUUCAUAUAGAAGAAGUUUGAGAUUUAGCCAAGAAGUUCACAGGACCGAAACAGCUCUUACCUAUAAGACAUUUCACAUAGAAAAUGGACAAGCUUCGACGCGUGUUAGCUGGACAAGAGGACGAGGAUCAAGGCGGUCUGACCGAGGUCCUGGAUGCCACCACCCUCAGUUACAGCACACGGAUCAAGUGUUUCCUGGUCUGCUUUGCCUGUGGAAUUUUCUGCUCCAUCCUUGGGACUGCACUGCUCUUCUUACCAAAUGGCAUGCCCCUCUUUGCAGUGUUUUACACAGUGGGGAAUGCUGCAGCUUUGUUCAGCACCUGCUUCCUGAUGGGACCUCUGAAACAGCUCAAGAGAAUGUUUGAGCCCACAAGGCUUGUGGCAACGUGUGUAAUGCUGCUCUGUCUGGCUCUGACACUGUGCUCCGUCUUCUGGUGGCAGAAGAAUGGCUUGGCUAUUCUCUUCUGCAUCCUGCAGUUCCUGGCGAUGACGUGGUACAGCAUCUCCUACAUCCCAUUUGCAAGGGAUGCUGUGAUGAAGUGCUUUACCACCUGUUUGAGCUGAACUCCACCCAUUGAACUCCACUCACUGUACAAGCUGAACUCCACCCAUUGAACUCCACCCUCUCUACAGGCCAAACUACAAGCACUGUAUGUGCUGAACUCCACUCACUGUACAAACUCAACUCCACCUACUUUAUGAGCUGAACUCCAUACUGUCUGAUCAGAAACAUGCCCGCUGUCUGAUCUGAAGCCUGCCUCCUGUCUCAAUGGAGUUCCACCAUGCUGACUCAUUUCUGGUUUUAACAUUUACUUACUCCAGCAUAAUUAUAUUUUGAUAUCUAGUAAUGAUAUCUUUACAAUG